UCAAGAUCUAAAAAUACACCUAAUCCAAGAAACACAACAUCGGUUCCUUCUCGGCUGAACUUCAGAUCAUCAUUUGCUUCCCUGUUCUCAUUCAGAAAAUCCAGAAAGGAGACUUCAAAGCUUCGAUUGCUAGGACGGAAAGGGUGAGUUAAAUUCAGGUCAUGUGACAGCUCAGUAGUUACCUGAUCCCAGAGGCCAGAGCCUGUUUUGUGUUCAGAAUGUUUAAUGUUUGUUCUUAGAAUUUCAGUUCAGAUAGUAAGAAAGGAAACAGGACUUAGCUCACACAGGGACAAAGUCCUUUUGAGACCUUUUGAGACCAUGGAACUCGGAUCUCCCAAAUCCAACUUCUAACCACUUGCACAGGUCCUAGGUGGCGCACGUGGUGAAUAAUGGGUUAAAUGCUGGGAAAUACAUUUGAUAGUUUCCCUACCACUCCAAGAGCCUGGUACAUGCCCUGGUCAGGAAAAUAUCUUUUAAUCAAAAUUACUUCUUCCUUGUGGGUAGAGAUGGGACAUGGAGACUAAAUUAGAGCAAAUGAGAUAAGCAAAGAGAGCAGAGAAAAAUAAAAUUUUUAAAUGGGAAAAAUGUUAUCACUGUUACUAGAAGUAUUGAUGUGGUUGCCCAGAAAUUAAACCUAAGGUGAAAAGAGAGGAAGCUUUUGGAGCUUUAGGUUCCACGUGGUUCCUACUGUAAAACUGUAAAUCAGUUCAUCUUGACUCAUAAUGUUGUUGGAUUGUUUUGUGAAAAACAAGCAAGGCUUUGCUUACAUGCAGUUGAGCUGACUGCUAAAUAUUUCAACACUUUCUUCCUGGUUGAAAAGCUUCCCACCCUCUUAAGGUGUUGGCUUGGCACGUGAUGUGUUCCCUGUGUGCCUUCGAACCAUUAAGUGUGCGCUGCAGCACUAAGAGGCAUCCACGGGCACUGCUGCUGAGAAACAACAGGCCCGGGCCGGGCAGCCAGCGGGGCGCGUGAUGAGGCUCCCUGACCCAGAGCACAGCUCUGUUCUCCCCUCUGGUGUAGAUGGCAGGUUUUUUGCCUCCAGCUUUCACUUGAGGUUGUUUUUUGUCCUUGAUGAAAAUAAUGAAGAGCUGAACAAAAGGCAGAUUUAUGUGCUUGUCUCUACCAGAAUCACUUGCAAAGAACUACUCUUCAAAUAGAACAUCAGGAGUUUAUCUUCUCAAGAUGUCAAGCUAUCACGGCAAAUGUGCUGUUGAUUUUCCUCCUGGUGAAAGUCAGGCACUUCUUCAAAGAAAUUAUUUCAAAUUCUUUCCACAGAUGUGAUGGCCACGUAGGACCUCCUGUGUCUGUGAGGCAAACUAUUACAAAACCUCCCCCAGAUUUGUGUAGUGCUGUGUAAGUUUGUAGGACUCUUUGGCAGAGAGAGACUCAGUAUCUUGCCUGAAGACUCACCCAUACCGAAAAGAAUUGAUGUAGGUACGGUAAAGUUCAUAAUCACUUGCAAAUGGCAGAAAUAACAAAAUGUUUUGUAAGUUGAAAACAAAUGUUAGGAAAUUGACUUUUAGACUAGGACUUUCAAGCUUUGGACAUUUUUGUGGAGACAUGUGAGUAUUCUGGCUAGAAAUAAUACAGAAAUAACUUUGCAGAAAUAAUAUUGAAUUGUCUGUUUAAAAUUAGCAGGCAAGAAUAUACCCCCCACCUCCAGAAUAUCAACCAGUUGACAGUGCAUUUGUCUGCAAACCAGCAGGCAUGAGGGAGGGAGGUGUCAUGCUUCCUUGGGAUGCUUCACUGCUGGAGAAUGAGUUUUUCCAAGUUUUAGAUGAUCUGGAUAGCACACUGGCUCAGGAACAAUCUGCAAGCUCAGUGAAUACCAGAGCACCCCUCAACCAUGGAUCAACAAGACAGUUCAGUCAUUUUUAUUCCAGUGAGAACAAACAUGGUAAUAUCACAGGAAGGCACAAAAAUCACUAUAAUGACACUCCUAAUAUGUCUUUCUAUAACAUCCUAAGACCAGGAAACCCCAGGGAAGGUUUCAAAAUCUUUUCUCCUAGAACAAGGACAAUUUAUGAUAUGUACAGGACAAGGGAUCCCAGAGUCUUAAAAGAAGAUCACGUGCAAAUGAACACUUUUGGUAGUGCUUCUCUGUGUUUUGACAGCAGGCAACAAUCAGCCUCACCAGCUACAAGAUAUUUCACAGCAAGAAGCUUACAUUUCCCAACUAUAACUCAGAACAAGAAUGGGUUUAUACCAGCAAGCCACCAGCAGAGCCCAAAGAGAACUCCUUUAUCAUCCAUCAUAUGGAAUAGACCAGAUUCUUCUAGAGAGAGGCCGGACCGGGAAGAGUUUCUAAGGGCACCAUCACCAAUGGAAGUUGACUCUUCUGACCAGUAUACGUAUUCCAGGUGUUUUCAGGAGAAUAGGGGAUAUGAAUUUUACCGUUCACAGAGUAUUUACCAAACUGUUGGCUUAAAUACCCCCAUGGAUAAUGCAAUGAGUCCUGACCCAUUUGAGAACUUGGAGAAUAUGCCAUUCUACCAUCAAGAAAACCCAUUUGCUAGGUCUUUCUUUAGCAAAACCUUUGGACACAGCAGGGGACAGAGAUUUGGACAGAGUCCUUUUUGGGGGCAACAGGAAGAACACUCUUCCUGCCCUGACUUUCAUCAAAGCAGGAAACCAUUCACUUCUUCUGACAGAGACUUUGAAUUGAUUUCCAGUGAAGCAAAUGGUGCAUCACCUGGCCAUGGCCAGAAUGUUCCUCCUCAACACUGGGGAUCAUUUUCACCCAAUUACAGAACAAAUAUUUCUGGAGAGCAAAAACAGCCACAUCCCUGGCAGUUUGCUUCUCAGACUUCCACACUGGAGAGCAUGGAGGUGUCACAAGGUAAUGGGAACCACACAACUCAUUUUGGCACACCGAAUGCUUGCUCCAUGACUGGUUCAAGCUAUCACAUCAGAUCUGGUGGGUUAGAAUGUCAACAGGACAGUUCUUCUACAGAAGUACAUAUACACAAAGAACCUUACUCAUUUGGACGUGCUCAGACUGUAGCAUCCUCAUUCAAAACUUCCUUUCCCCAGGUUCCUGAUAACAGAGGGAAUCCUCAGAGUCCCAACUUUCAGAAUCCUACAAUCACUUUGCAGAAAAGUAAGCCUCCCUCUCUCCCAAUAAAAAGCUAUACAGAAAUCACUGAGGUCAACAGCAAUUCAGUUGAUUCUCCCCCUCUUAUUGAAAAUCAACCCAAUAUCUUGGUCACUGAAGUAAAUAAUGAGAAAGACUUGAAUGAAUCUAUUUUGGAAAAAGACAAACAGCUAGAUGAGGUGGACCAGACAAAUGUGACAGGCGAAACACCCCAAGCUGUCUCACAGACAGUAAUCACUGAUCCCGUACCUGGUUUUCAAAAUCCCCGUUCCCAGGACUUAGCCAAAUGCAUUUUUGAUGCCAUGGAAGAACAAUGUACCACAACUCACUCUGCCAACUGCAGCAAGUCAGCUGCUAGCCACAGUAUUCCAUGCGAUUCUCUAGAUCUGUCAGCAGGUACAUUGCCAGAUUCCUCACCACUGAAUGACUCCUGCCUUGAUGCUCUGGGGAUUCCUUCUGCUGCAGGGUUCUCCAGGAAGAGCCCUGCAGGCAAAGAUCCAUCUCUGGGAGAAAGAGAAGAAAAAGAUAGUAGCAAGAGCCAAAGUACUCAUUUUUCUGUAGGCCCCUCAGAAAACCAAAAACGUGAUGCUAGUUGUAUGCCUGUACAUAACAGAGAGGCUGAUGCUAUCGAGUGCCAUUUACACCCUCCUUUGAGGGAAGGAAAGGGAAAAGGAAAAGUAAGACAUUGCAUAUCCUGUCCUGAAAAGUUAAGCAAUACAGAGGGUAGAUCCACACCCGCAAGUGGAAGCAGCAGCCUCACUGAGGUGAACCAAAGCAAUCCCGUGGCUCCUGGGCUUCACACAGUUUAUUGUACCUUACCAAGAACACCAGCCGGUUUUCUCAGUAACAGGAAGUCAGAAAGUAAGAUAAUGGCUUCUUCUUUCAGAAAUGAGCCACUUCCAUUCCAAGUGGAAAAUAAUGUGGAAGAUCCCAUAGGGAAGUACACAUCAAUCGAAUUCAGUCCCAGUUCCUCUGAGUCGGAAAGCAAAUGCUCCAAAGCAGUUUCAGACUCAGUCUCAGCAGUACCUGAAGCCACAGGAGGGAUGACAGAUCCGAAAAGCACUGGACCUGCUUCUGGUAGAAAAGGACCACCUCCACUCCUCAUUGAGAGGGCUGUGUCUUGUCCUUCGGGGGCACCGUCCGCCUCAACUGGAAAAGGUGGAAAGGGGACAUGCUUGUACUCAGACACAGAUGCUUCUGCUGUGACACCGAGGCCCUGGGGGAGGGUUGUUAACCCUCUGGGGAGUGACUCAUCUGUUACAGACUGUCCUUUAACCCAAGGACACUCCCAAAAGGACUGCUCCCCAGAAUGCACUAAAAAUGAUGGCAAGAGUGCUGCCUCCAGGGCGGGGAUAUUUUCCCUUUCAGAUGAAGACCCUUUACCUUUUUCUUCAGACAUGUCAGGAAAAGGAAGCAGGAAAACAUUACAUAAAUUUAAGACUACUAGUAUGUUUUCUGUUUCUGAGGAUGAAGAUAAUGUAAAAUGUCUUGAGGUGGUUUCCGUAUAUUAUACUCUACCGAGGAAGCCCAGCAAAAAGUUCUGCAGCCUCCUUCAGAAGUUUACACAAAACAUUGAUUCACUUACAGAAGCAACUAAAUCGGAGACUGAAACAUUUUCUCAUGUUUUAGAAAAAGACAAAGUGAAUUAUUCUACACAAGAACAGUCAGGAACACUUUCAGCUGGAGAUCUCAAAAUGCUGGUCAGCUCUGCUCAGAACAGCCGUUGUCUUUCUCAUGCCACUGAAAAUAUGACAAUUUUACAAUUACCAGGUAUUAGGCCCUCAGAAUCUAUGUUACAGGAAAUAGCUUCUAUUGAGGCAGAUGCUCCUCUUCAUAAAGGGGGACCUAACGCUGGAGAGAUGUCCCCUGAAAACGUAGCUAAAACACAAAACAGGAGAGAGAGAGGGGUGAAAUUGCAAAGUGAAACUCUGCAUGCGUCAUCGAUGCUUCAGGAAAAAGAAGUUACAGAAGAGAAAUCUGAAAAUUAUCAGCAACCCGUUGAAUCAGGUAACAGUGGGCCUUCUACUCUUUCAAGCCAUUCAGACAAGAAUGUUGAAAAUUCCCAAACUAUAAGAGGUUCUGGGGAGUACGCAGGUCAUGGUCGCGCCAAUACAGCUACCGGAAAUGGAAGGUGUCUUCAGAACGAUGCCACAGGCAUAGCUAUAGACGAGAGCUCCAGCGGACUGCAGCCCGGGGGAUCCGGGGGCGGAAAGGGGGCAGGUUUCCAAAAAAAGACUGAGAGAGCAGUCUCUGACUCAGAAAGUCAAAUCUUUGCUCUUACUCCCGCUUUGCAAAAACUACAGCUGGAUGAAAAGACUUGUCUAGGUGAAACAGAUUUAGACAGUUUUCAAUCUGAAUCCAGUGAGCUUCCUCAAAGAAGUCAGGUGGUAAAUACGACAGAGAACAGCAAGGCUGAAGGUGAAAUGCAGGAGUUGGCUCAGGGUCAACCUUUAUAUCCUGGAAGAGGUAAUAAAAAUAAAACCAUCUUGGAUGACCUAGAGAAAGGGAAAAGCAGAUCUUCAGGUAAACACAGAUUGGCAGCCAUGUCCAAAGCAGGCAGGAAAUAUCCUUCUAAAGAUUUAAGCCCCAGAAGGCAUGUAGCUACUGUCUUCCCCCAAAGUGGGAAUGGUUCUGCCAAAUGCUUAUCCUUUGGCAUGCCAGAGUGCCACCCACUGUCGCCAGAGCCUACUUCAAAGUCCACGGAAUCCACAGAUGGAAGCAGGUUAAAUAAUGAUGGAGUGGAUGUGGCGAAAUCUGAGAUAUCCAACAGAGAAGCUUCUAUACACUUAAGCAAGUGGAAGCCUAACAGCACUUCACAACCACGUAAGAAUAAGUUAAAAAACAUAUCAGAACCUCCACCAAAAUAUGAGAAUUCUAAAGAUGUAACAGUAUCUCCAAUUUUGGAAAGAAAGUCAGGAGACCUGGCCCAAGGCACGUUCACGACCAUCAGGGAAGCAGCCUUCUCUGACCAUCGGAAGAGGCUGAACUCUCCUUUUCCACUGGAAACUGCAGAUCAAUCUAUAAUAAGCAUCCCACUGGCCACUUGUCAGCAGCAAAGGAGUGCUUCAUCUCCAGAGUGGGAACCUGAGCUGCACCCCUAUCGUUCAAAGAGUUUAAAAGGCAUCAAUGUGCAUGGUGAUCUGCUUCGCAAAAGUAGCCCUCCAAAAGUCCGGGACCGCCAUUUCUCUGAAAGCACUUCUAUUGACAGUACCCUGAGUCAACUGACCCUUGGGAAUGAAUUCUCUAACAGCGGGUAUGGUAGAAAAUUCAGAUCUUUUUCUGAACUUCCCUCCUGCAAUGCAAAUAAGAGUAGUGCUGUGUACAGUGGCAGGAAAAAAGCAGGUCCCCUGUCUGCAACAUCUAUAUCCAGACCUAUUGACUAUGGGAUUUUUGGGAAAGACCAACAGUUGGCUUUCUUGGAGAAUGUGAAGCGGUCACUCACACAAGGAAGACUAUGGAAACCAAGUUUUCUUAAGAACCCUGGCUUCCUGAAAGAUGAUAUAAUUAAUCCCCCUAACCCAGCCGGGUCAUCAAACUCAAAUUCUCCUAGAAAUCAGAUGCCAGAAGAUGGUUUAUUUCCAAGUGCACCACUUAAUAUCUAUGAAGAGGACCCAGUAGACUCAGAUUGUAACACAGACACAACCACAGAUGAUGAAUACUACCUGGAUGAAAAUGACAAAGAGUCAGAACUGUGAUGCUUUUUCAAUAACAUGCUAACCUUUUCACCAACAGCUUAUAAUGGAAAUAAAAUAUAAAUGCGUAUUGUCCAUGGGAAGGACACAUACAAAAAAAUAUCUAGUCUGGGCAGUGCCUGCUCUGAAACAAUGUUAAAUUCUCUCUCUUUUUUUUCCCUCCACACUUUCUGAGUUCUAGAACAAUGAAUUCUUGUUUAUAGGGAUUCUUUGCUGUUUUCCCCCUCUCUCUAUACCCUUAACUUCCUCCCCUGCUACUCACACACAAUUUAAUCUCUAGUUCACUGUCCAAUUUUGGCUUUCUGCUUUACUCUCUCCCUAACUUUUUUAUAGCUUUCAUUGUGAUUUAUAACCCUAAUAUCCCAGCACAACCACAAAACUCUUACCUCCUCUGAUCCACACUCCAUCCUUGUGACAUAAAAUCAAAUGUAGGGAGGGUAACAAUAAAUAUUCUCAUUCUGUUUGACUCAUCAACAUUUAGGAGAUUUGGGGUUUGGUUUUUCUUUUAAAGAAAGAUAAGAGAAUUUUCAUAAAGACAUCCUUUAUAUCCGUAGUGGGGCCAGGGAUGCAGAUGUUUAAAGUGGUAGUUGAGGUUAUACAUGAGUUGCUGUAUCCCUAGUAAGCCAAGGAACAUAAGUAUCCAGGAAUUCCUUUGAAAUUGUUUGUAGGGAUUGGCUAAAUUUUAAUCAAGUCAAGGACUCAGGCCAGGCAACUUGAUGGUACAGAAGGUAGCUUGACCACAGAAUUCUGCUUAGGAAGGGAACAUAACUGGGGGGUGGAGAUACAUAGACAUCCCUUCCUGAGACUGAUUUAUCCUUAAUGCAGCCCUCUCAGCAACUGGUGUUUCUCAUUUCUCCAGAACUAGCCUUUUUAAAAUUUUCUUUACUUUCAGGAUAGAACAUUUUUUUCAUGUUUUAGUCACAAGUAUCAAGUGGUAUCCUUUCCACGUCCCUAAAGUGCUGCCAAGUCAGAUCUGACCCCUGGGAUUCACAGGCUUCUUUGCAGGAUUGUUUACCAAGCCCUUGGAAAUUAUAAGGCAGAGCUUGCUAUUAUGAUUCCUUCAAUAAAUUAUGUAGACUAAAUAACCCCUCAUACCCACUGAUAACUUGACUUUCCUAACUCUUUAGUUGCUAUGCAGAACUGAGGAUUUAUCUCCUGCUAAUCAGGGUAAAGACCAAUACAUGGCAGUGAAGAUAAUUUGCUAGAAAGUAUGCCAUCCUGUAUCACAGCACGUGAGGGUCAACAUGAGUGGAUUUCAUCUUGUUUGGUUUAUAUUUGCUUCCUAAUUUUAUUUUCCAUUUUUCUCACCUAGCCUGUUUCAUCCACAUAAAUUAAGGAUAAUGAUAGGUGUUGGGGAAGUCUGUAUUUACAGAGAUCUGGAACUGAUGGAAAUGCAAGAAAGAACCAUAUUAUUAUUACCCUCCUAGUCAUUGCCUUGCCUAGAAGCAAAAUGCCAAGGCUGGUUUAACUUCAUUCCCAUGAAACUCAAAAUGAAUGAAGAUAUGUUAACAUCAAAGCUAUUCCUUAAGUCUGUAAAUGUCAGGCUGUGACCAAUCUUGAGCUCAAAGAGACUAGUAAUAGAAUUUUAAAUCAACUGUUCUAGAUGUUUCCAUUUAAAUAUGUAUGGUAAAGAAUAAAUAACAUUUUAUUCUUUGUAUUAUGUAUGUUUGUAAAUUCUACCUUUCCCUUUUUUCUGUUUGUCUAAUUAUUGAAGUAGAAUUUCCACAAACCAUGACUUAUGUUUUCUAAUUUUAAGAUAUACAGUUAACAUUUUAACAUUUUGAUCCUUGAUUUUUUUAAUGAUCAGUUUGCAAGUUGUAUUUCAGUAAAUACUCUGAGUUUGAUACAAAAGGUGAAAUGAAGUUAUUUUUCACUGAAUUUAGACUAUAUAUCAACAGUUAAGGUGAGGAUAGACAACACUUUGGGGCCCUGAUUCUCUGCACUACUAUUUGAAUUCAAAGGUAAUUGGUGGUUAACGCUCACUUGUUUGUAAAGUUUGCUUGUUGGUCUGGUUCAAGAAUCAGGAAAACUGAAAAUUCAUGAAAUAGCACCUUCUAGUUGUAUACUUUUAUAAAUACUUCGUUAAAGAAGUAUAGGAAAUUUCUAUUAUUUUAACAUACAAAGUGCUGCUUUUUAAUAUAUUCAUUUUUAGCAUAGGUCUAGUAAUUUAUAAUAGUCAUUUUUAUGCUCAUGGCUUGUUUUCUAAAAUAUAGUCAUUAAUAAAACAUUCAUACAUAUGAAGUAAAAUCACGAGGGAAUCCAUUUUAAUAAGUACCUUAUAAAUUAUUAACUUGUUCAAAUAAUGGACUUCAAUAACUGUAAAUAUUACACUGUAAUGUCCAUUUAAAAUACGGUUUAAUGAGAUUCUUUUAACUUUUAGAGACUUCCCUCUAAAUAACUUACCCUUACAUUGUAAAUACAUUGAUGUUAAUAAAAUCCCAACUGCUACUAACAAGGUUUUGGCUGAUGAUAAGCUGCUUUGUGUAGGAGGCAAAUGUGUGGUGAAAGGAAGUCCACUUAGUAUAUGGUGAAGAUGUUAACCAAAUAGAAAAUUCACACUUUCAUAAAAGUAAUAUACUCUAGUGAAUGCCAGAGGGUUAGAUGCCUUAUUGUUAAGAGUUUAUUGUUAAUAAUAAUAGCAAUGAUGCUUCAGAAUAUCCCUUUUAAAUGUGCAGUGUAAAUAUGUAAAUAUCUUACUUUCCAAGCAAGUGUAUGAAUGCAUUACCACUUAGGGGCUCUUUGUGAUUGACACUUCUGUGUUUCUGAAACAAACAAGCCUUAAGCACUUUCGUUAAAAUGUUGUCAAAUAAUCCUCAUGUGUACUUGUUCCCAAACCUGUUCUCUAAGUAUGGAAUGUGUUACAAGAUAAGGUGCAAAUUUAAAAUACCUGUGUUGAAAUAAAUGGUUUAAAUAGC